AUGGAUGAAGGCUUCAGUGGUGUCGUACGUGUUUCGAAUAUUAGUGAUUUCAUCGCUCCGAACCCGAACUGUAUCAUACCGCUGGAAACAAAGACAAUAGAAGAACCGCUGGUGUCGCUUCGAAAUAAACAUUUGAGUAGGAGCAAGCCCGAGAAAGGCGCCGUGAAAAUCUCACUUAAUGAUUGUCUCGCCUGUAGCGGUUGCAUCACCAGUGCCGAGACUGUUUUAGUUGAGGAGCAAUCUUUGUCAAGACUACUCGAUAGUAUCAGUGGAAAGCAACUCUGCGUUGUGACAGUAUCUCCUCAAAGUGUGUGUUCGAUCGCUGUGAAAAGGCAAAUAUCUGUACCUGAUGCAGCAAAAUUGAUUGCUUCUUACUUUUUCUCGAAAGGGUUUCACUAUGUGAUUGACUCAUCAAUAGGCCGUGCAUUUUCUCUAGAAGCAGCAUAUCAAGAGUUCUGUUCGACAUCUUCUCAUCCUGUGUUAGUUUCUGCGUGUCCCGGUUUUGUUUGCUAUGCAGAAAAAAGUCAUGGUGCUUUUCUUCUUCCCUUUCUCAGCAAAGUUAGAUCUCCGCAGGCCAUGUGUGGUGCUUUGGUGAAAGACUUCCUGUCUCAUCAGUUUGGUGUUCUUCCAUCUGCUAUCUAUCAUGCAACAGUAAUGCCUUGUUUUGACAAGAAGCUUGAAGCAUCGAGGCCUGAUUUCUACGUGCAUGAUUCCGAAAUACGUGAAACAGACUGUGUACUAAGCACAGUUGAGAUCGACUGUCUCCUAGACGAUGUUCAAGAAAUUGUCGAAUCUCAAGAGAGCGGAUGGUUGGGCGAUUUCAGCAGAGGUAUUCUUUACGGGAAUGAUGGCGGAACAUCCGGGGGUUUUCUUGAUGUGUUAGUAAGGAGAUUCGCCAAAGAACACAGUGCCGAAUUCACUGAGCAGAGAAUAGCAAGAAACGUUGAUGCAGUCUUUGUUUCUCGUGAUGGUGAUGUCAUUUUGCGGACCGCACGGAUCUACGGAUUUAGAAACAUACAAAACUUUGUGCGGAAGCUGAAAAACAACAGCAGCACCUAUGAUUACGUAGAAGUGAUGGCUUGUCCAAGUGCUUGUGGUAAUGGAGGUGCACAAAUCCGUGGAGAAACAGCUAAUGACAGGGAACGGAUUCUGACCAGUGUAGAAAAGGCUUUCGCAGAAAUAAAGCAUGGUUCUGCAUUAGAAAUAAGAAAGAUUGAGGAAGCUUGGUCAGAGCUAAAUCCUGAAUGGAGGACACUUCUGUACACACAGUAUCGCAAAGUUGAUAGUAAUAUUGCCCAGAAACUGCAGUGGUAA